CCGAGUUCCGGAAGGAGGCACAUAAGUCCUUCGUCCUGCCGGCGAUGCAGACAGCGCCGUCGUAUUCAGUAACAACGAUACCAAACCAACCGAACUCAACGACGCCCAUGCGACCCCGGUCCCUUUACACCGCGCACAACUAUCAUCCUCAGCCCGACGAUCUCAGUUUUCAACGAUACAGCGAGCUGUCCAAGUACUUCGAGCCCCCGGCCGAGCAGUGGAGCGGUCUGGGCGGGGCGACCGCGUACUCGGGAUCGGCGGCGAUCUGGCGGCAGGCCAGGAAGUCGCUCGGGCCUUAUUACGCGGCCGAAGAGGCCUCCAUCUAUGCGGAGAACUGGCGCGAGCACGACGCUGACGUCGGCGUCGGCGGCGCCGUCGCCACCCCCCAUGGUACCAUAUCGCUGAGGCUGCACAACAGGAUACGCGUGGAUAUGACCAUCGACCGCGCCGUCAGGGUCAUCAACUUCAAGAACAACAUUGUCCUGUCGCUGAGCGGUUCCGGAGCGGCUGCCGCCUUGCUGCAUCCCAACGGCAGGAUAUACCAGUACGGUUCCCGAGUGGAGAUUGUCGCCCACGACACGCACGGCAAUAACAAAUACGCGAAGAUGUGGUACAAGGGGGUCAGUUUCACGUCGGAGCAAUGCGCGCUUGUCUACCUCGUGGACACGGCUGGGACCAGGACCACGACGGAUUCCUUCUCGGAUAUGAGUCAGGACUUUUCGUUGAGUGUCUUUUAUUCGGGCUCUCGUCACGGACCGGCGUGUCUGCAGGAAGUCACGGCGCAUCUCAGUACAGCUCAAUACUGGCAAACCGACGAGGGUGUUGAAAAUUGGAUUAUUAACAACGUCAGAGUAUCCCAGACUCCCGAUGGCCUUGUCAGGAUUGCACGAAAUAGCAAUAAGUAUCAACUACGCACAUCGCCCAGCAAUGGUACAGCCUCGUUGACGACGCCUUUCCUGCACUGUACCGCGUCCUUGGGACAAACGUCCCAUCUGUUUGUACGUCGUGGCGAGCGUCGCAUGCACUACGACGGUACCAGCUUCAUCGUGAGAAAUGCGGGUCACAGUGCUGGCUUCGACGAUAAUAACCAGUUGAAGGUCUACUAGUUCAAGAGCUCUGUGAUAUAUAUCUCCUCGCUUAGGGUUUAUCUAUGAAUUAGCAUCGACGAAUGUGGCCAGCUUUCAUUACUAUAUGGAUUCGAGCACGUUCUGGUGCUUCAAGCAAAAAAGAAAGACAAGAUCAUCUUUCGUCGAGGUCUUAAGCCAGAGUGAAUUAGACCAUUAUUGAAGAUUUUAAUUAUGCCCGCGCUUCCAUGUUCAGAGAUUUACUCUCAAAUCUUAUUUUCCUAGAGUUUAGUAAUUUAAUUGAAUUGUCUAUCCGAUAUGCUGGUUCGACCCAGCAAAAUGUUCAAUAAAGGAUUCAA